AUGAAAUUCUUAAUAGCACUGAUGUGUGGAUUGGUUUGUAUUGUGAGCGCAGACUAUCCUAUAGAGGACUAUAAGGCGGUCGCAAAGUCCCGGGACUUUACGGGAAAAGUGGUUGUAGUGACCGGUUCCUCGUCGGGCAUCGGAGAGAGAAUCGUUAAACUGUUUUCCAUAUUAGGGGCUAAUGUUGUGGUCUGUGGAACGACUGCCACUAAAGUUCAACGCGUGGCCAAAGAGGUACAGGAGUUGUCACCACUAAAAUUGAAGCCAUUAGAAGUUGUGGGAGAUUUGACCAAAACCUCUGAUGUAAACAAUUUAAUUGAUUUUACGGUCAAAACGUUUGGCAAAAUCGAUGUAUUGGUCAAUAACGCCGGUAUAUAUCCGCAGACAAACAUCACACAACCGGAUCUGUUAUCGCUUUGGGAUAAGAUCUUUGCCGUCGAUUUACGCGCUGUCGUAGAACUCAUCCACCGAUCGGUUCCACAUCUGGAGAAGACUAACGGAACUAUAAUUGAUAUUUCAAGUGUGGCUUCAAUGACCCCGGUCAAAUUUGAGCUCGCUUAUUCAUCGGCUAAAGCAGGCCUCGAUAUGUUGACCAAAAUAUUAGCCCUGGAAUUGGGGCCCAAA